AUGACUAUUUAUGAUGGACAUAGUAACCUUAAAUGUGAAGACACGACUGACACGACCGACACGACAGAUACGACCGACACGACAGAUACAACCGACACGACAGAUACGACCGAUACGACAGACGCGACUGACACGACAGACACGAGCGACACGACAGAUACGACCGACACGACAGACACGACUGACACGACUGACACGACAGAUACGACCGAUACGACAGACACGACAGACACGACUGACACGACAGAUACGACCGAUACGACAGACACGAGCGAAUCGACAGAUACGACCGACACGACCGACACGACAGAUACAACCGACACGGCAGAUACGACCGAUACGACAGACGCGACUGACACGACAGACACGAGCGACACGACAGAUACGACCGACACGACAGACACGACUGACACGACUGACACGACAGAUACGACCGAUACGACAGACACGACAGACACGACUGACACGACAGAUACGACCGAUACGACAGACACGAGCGAAUCGACAGAUACGACCGACACGACCGACACGACAGAUACAACCGACACGGCAGAUACGACCGAUACGACAGACGCGACUGACACGACAGACACGAGCGACACUACAGAUACGACCGACACGACAGAUACAACCGACACGACAGAUACGACCGAUACGACAGACGCGACUGACACGACAGACACGAGCGACACGACAGAUACGACCGACACGACAGACACGACUGACACGACUGACACGACAGAUACGACCGAUACGACAGACACGACAGACACGACUUACACGACAGAUACGACCGAUACGACAGACACGAGCGAAUCGACAGAUACGACCGACACGAGCGACACGACAGAUACGACCGACACGACAGACACGACUGACACGACUGACACGACAGAUACGACCGAUACGACAGACACGACAGACACGACUGACACGACAGAUACGACCGAUACGACAGACACGAGCGAAUCGACAGAUACGACCGACACGAGCGACACGACAGUUACGACCGACACGACAGACACGACUGACACGACUGACACGACAGAUACGACCGAUACGACAGACACGACAGACACGACUGACACGACAGAUACGACCGAUACGACAGACACGAGCGAAUCGACAGAUACGACCGACACGAUCGACACGACAGAUACGACAGAUACGACAGAUACGACCGACACGACAGACACGACUGACACGACCGACACGACCGACACGACAGACACGACUGACACGACCGACGCGACAGAUACGACCGACACGAUAGACACGACUGACACGACCCACACGACGAACACUUUUUGUACAAUAUAA